CCACACAACCAAUUCAAGCUCUCUUCGACUCGCUUCUAUACCUCUCCGAUAUUCUGAAUCAGAGCUCUUAGGUUGAAUCAACAAUGUCUGGGCGUGGAAAGGGAGGCAAGGGACUGGGAAAGGGAGGAGCAAAACGACACCGUAAGGUCCUCCGUGACAAUAUUCAGGGUAUCACUAAGCCGGCCAUACGUCGGUUGGCUCGCAGAGGAGGAGUCAAGCGUAUCAGUGGCUUGAUUUAUGAGGAAACAAGAGGGGUGCUCAAGAUUUUUCUUGAGAAUGUGAUCAGAGACGCCGUGACCUACACUGAGCACGCUCGCCGCAAGACUGUGACUGCCAUGGAUGUGGUGUAUGCGUUGAAGAGGCAAGGCAGGACUCUGUAUGGGUUUGGUGGCUAGAGGGGUUUUGGGGUCUUUACAAGUCUUGCUGCUGUCAAGAAAAUGGAAAAUGGGUUUAGGGUUGUGUUUUAGUUUGGUUUAGGUGUUGAAGAAAUUGUAAUUAGGGUUUGGAAUUGAAAUUUAAUGGAAUGGAAUGGUGGUGUUUGAUCUGAAAUUGAAGUUUGUUUUGGC